CCUCGCAGGUAAAUAGAAAAGUUGGACCCUUUAAGCAUGGACAGUAGCACCGUUUAUGUCCGAGAAAGAGGCAACCUUCGUCGUGUGAGUGACAUCGUCCUGGCACAGCCAAAGCCAGUGUCCUCAUGCAGGAGGACGAAUCCUUUCGUGCUGAGGAAGGAGCACUUCAUAUUCACCUACAACGCGGAGGGAAGUCUGAGAUACACCACCAAGUCUCUCUUUGACAUCACCCUGCUGUUCGUGGCCGACAACAUCCACCAUGUGGACUCUCUGGUCGGUUUCCCCGAGCAGAUCGGAGACAGGCUUUUCGCAGCGGCGGAGGAGAACCGUGUCUUUCUGAACGCGGACGUGUCUCAGAAAGCCCUGCAGCUGUUCAGCGACGCGUACGGGGACAUGGUGCUUGGAUCCCUCUGUCUGAGAAAUAAAUUCCCACUUUUUCAUGAGAGGAUGGAUGAAAUAAAAACAUUUCACAGUUUGAAGUCUCUGGAUCUGUUCGGCUGCAGGCUGGGUGAUGAUCAUGAGAUAUACCUGCAUCUAACAUCCAGCUCAUUGGCAAGCAGCCUGAUUCAGCUCUCCAUCGGCGGUAACAGUCUGUCAGACGUCGGCCUGCAAAGACUGACUGCACCCAUCCGGAUGAUGAGGAAGGGACUGGACUGUCUUCAGUUCCUUGAUGUUUCCUAUAACCCCGUCUCAGAGAGGGCUCUCAGAUACAUCACAUGCCUCCCCAAACUUGAAAAACUUGACAUAUCCGCGACCAGUAUGAAGCUUGGCACAAGAUUGAAGACAACCAUGUGGGACCUGUUGGGGCUUAUUUAUUCUGAGAAGAAACCACUGGACACCUUUGAUCACUCGAGAUGUAAAACAGAAGGUUGGGCAGAGCAGGUUGUAAACCAAUGGGAAACAAAUAACUCACAAAUGCCCAAACAGAAGAAGAUUGAUGAAUCCAGAACAUCUGCGCUUCGCUUUUUUGGCCGGCAGAAGUUUGUCAGAGAAGUACUGAACGCCGCACCCGUGGUACGUGAGAGCGAGGAAGAGGCCGAGAGAGAGAGACUGCACUUCUACAAACCCGCAGCAAACGCUCACACGCCAGAGAGACAGACUUGUUCCUCGACGAAUCGCCAAGCGGAGCCCUCGCGGCACAACGUCAAAAAAAGGCAGCGUCAGUCGGAAAGGUGCGAUGGCUCACGUCAAAGCCCCCCGACAAAACGUUUGCCCUCGUCGGCUCUUACCGCGGAGGACAUUGACUUGUUGAACAGCUAUUGAGGUAUGCGUCCAUGUAGCGUCCCACAGAGCAGAGUGGAGAGAGUAUGUUGAGACUCAAAUGGACAAGAAGCUGCAAACACUUUCUUGGAUACUGUUGGUGUUGAUCCCAUAUUUUUUUUAUAUAAAUAAAGUUUAGCAUUGUG